GGCCUUAAUGUUACCCUCAAUAACACAGCUGGUGCCGCUCCCGCCUCAAUAAUGGACACCUUACAGGACAUGGAUUUCCUCCUUCUUGAGCUCAAGCUCGUCACCGGUGCCAUGGGAAUCAUCUUCCUCGGAGCCCAUGCAUCUCUACGCCGCCCACCGUCUGCGGCUACCUCAAAGGACAAGAAGCGCCGGAAGCAGGAUGAUGAAGCGUUUACCCAAGGAUUGGAGCUUUCUGACGCGAUCCUGUUCCCAGUCAUGGCUGCUUUUGUCCUUGUUGGGCUUUACUAUCUUAUUCAGUGGCUCCAAGAUCCUGCUCUCAUCAACAAAAUUUUACGAUCCUACAUGACGACUGCGUCUAUGGCGAGUUUGUUGACCUUUUAUGCUCAUGGGAUUCAAGUGGCGUCGUCUUUCGUCUUUCCUCGUUUUUGGCGCGGCAGAGACGGCAAACUUCGCAGAGCCGAUCAAACCAAGAACGCAGUUGCAAUGUGUGAUGAUGCGGGCAACGAAAUCGAGAGCUCUGGUGUGAGUGGGACGAACCCGCUUCCCGGAGCGCUGGCUUUUCUUGCGCCAGCUGCGUGGUUGCAAAAGGAGGCCUGGGAGCUGAGAGAUCUCCUGACGAGACAUUGGCUGCUGGAAGUGUUUGCUCAUGGGAUGGGCAAAGAGACAAUCCACAUCAAGUUUGCGCAUAUGAUGGCACUCCUGAUGUCGGUGGUGACGGCAAUCGUCUACUUUGCAACUUCGUGGUCGUUUCUGUCCAACAUGUUGGGAUAUGGCAUGUGCUACGGAUCGUUUUUGCUUCUCUCGCCGACUGAUUUCCUUACCGGCUCGCUGGUUUUGUGGGGACUCUUCUUCUACGAUAUCUUUAUGGUGUUCUACACUCCCUACAUGGUGACCGUAGCAACGACCUUGGAUGUCCCUAUCAAACUCACUUUCGAAGCGGCAUCCAGGAAGAGUAUCCUCGGACUGGGAGAUAUCGUGAUUCCUGGAAUGGUUAUUGGCUGGGCACUGCGACUUGAUCUCUGGAUUCACUACUACAGAAAAAUCAAGUACGAAUCCACAGACUUGAAAAUCAUGGAAAAGGAUGCUACUUCGGGCGAGAUCGUCACACGAAGUGAGACUAAGCACAAAGAAGUCAAAGCCCCAUAUAUGGAUGCCAAGGGAAACUGGGGAGAGCGCAUCUGGACUCGCCAGUCUUUGGGCCUAUUCGGUCCAGAAAGCUUGCCCCCUGAUGUAGCAGCAUCAAAGUUUUCCAAGACAUACUUCUAUGCCUCCAUGAUAGGAUACUUUUUAGGCAUGAUGGUCACGCUCGCAAUGUUGCUCAUCUUCAAGCGCGGACAACCAGCGCUGCUAUAUCUCGUACCAGGCGUUCUUGGAUCGCUACUCUUUACCAGCUUGGUGCGUGGAGAAUUCAAGGAGUUGUGGAUGUACACGGAGGAUGGAAGCCUCGAUACAGUCGACGUGGUGGUUGACCUGGACGGCAAUGGCAAGGCGGUGAAGACUCUUGGUAAGCUGGAGGACGGCGUGGUAGAUAUGACCAAGGAUAAGAAGAAGGAUGAGGAAAAGGAGAAGGAGAAGAAAGAGGAAGAAGAGAAGAAGAAGAAGAAGAAGGAAGAAGAGGAGAAGAAGAGUGCCGAAGCUGGAAAGACGGGCAGAAAGGGUCAUCAGGUCUUUUCUAUAUCGCUGGAGGCGCCGUCAGAGGGAGCGUAA